AUGGCGGCGACGCGGCCGCUGGAGCUGACGCUGAUCUCGGCCAAGGACCUCAAGGACGUGAACCUGAUGUCCAAGAUGGAGGUCUACGCCGUGGUGUCGCUCUCGGGGGACCCCCGGUCGCGGCAGAGGGUCCAGGCCGACCGCAUCGGCGGCCGCAACCCGACCUGGAACGCCACGCUCCGCUUCGCCGUCCCGGCGACCGGCGCCGGCUCCCUCCACGUCCUCCUCCGCGCCGAGCGCGCCCUCGGCGACCGCGACGUCGGCGAGGUCCACAUCCCGCUCUCCGAGCUCCUCUCCGGCGCCCCCGACGGCCCCGUCCCCGCCAAGUUCGUCGCCUACCAGGUCCGCAGGAUCUCCUCGGGCAAGCCCCAGGGAGUCCUCAACCUGUCGUACAAGCUCGGCGAGGUCACCCAGUCGGCGGGCGCCGCCAACGGCUACGCCCCCGCCCAGUCGGCAUACACCCAGGCCGCCGCGUACCCGCCUCCCUCCGCGUACGCGCCUCCCGCCGCCGCCUACCCGCCUCCUUCAGGCAAGGCCGACGCGUACCCGCCUCCUGCCGCCUACCCGCCGGCAGCCAAGGCCGACGCGUACCCACCUCCCGGCGGCGCGUACCCGCCCACCGGCGGCAAGGCCGACGCUCCGGCGACCGCGUACCCGCCCUUAUCCGGCUACCCGCCCGCGGCAGGCAAGCCGGCGAAGGCGGGAGAGCCGGUGACGGCCUACCCUGCCGCCGGUCCCAGCACGGCGGCGCCCUACGCCGCUCCUCCGCCGCAGUACGGCGGGUACGGGUACCAGCCGCCGCAGGCCGCCGGGUACGGCUACCAGCAGCAGGCCGUGAAGCCGCAGAAGAAGAAGAACAACUUCGGGAUGGGGCUCGGGGCCGGGCUGCUCGGAGGCGCCGUCGGUGGGCUGCUGAUCGGGGACAUGAUCUCGGACGCGUCGGCGUAUGAUGCCGGCUACGACGGCGGUGGCUUCGAUGGCGGCUUCGAUUUCUAG